AUGCAAAAGGCGAAGACUCGUUCCAAGACAGCGCGUCUCCGGUGUGAGUGGAAAGGCGGGCCUAUUCCGCGCAAAUCGGCAUCGGCAUCAGUGUCAUCUUCAUCGCUCUCGGAUCAAUCGCAAAGGAAUCAUCUGAAAGGUGCUGACCUGAAUCUACUUGUGCGAAAGCGGCAGGCCGUUGAGCAGGCCUCCAAUGCUGCCAAGCCUCCGUUGCUUCCUUCGCAAAGAUUGAGCAGUGCGAAUCCCGAUCAGAGCAUUCAGGCGGCAAAUUCCCUGACUCUGUCUGCUUUUGAUCGCAGUUGUCUGAGCUAUUUGCAGAAUUCAACACUAGUGGUGAUCCUGGGAAAGCACUGGCCAUGGUCCACCAUCUCGUAUGCGUACCAUAAGAUCGCCGUUAUAGAGCCUAUGGUCAUGAGCAUGAUUCUGGCCAGUACCGCACGUGAGAUCCAUCGCUCGAGACUCUUCGAUGAAGACAAUGUGUCCAGCAGUCCCUCUCAAAAUGAGUCCAAUGAACUUGACGGGCGCAUGCACUACGGUCACGCAUUGUCAAGUCUUCGCCAUGCCUUGAAACAGGACGUGAAGACACCACAGAAAAUCGAGGCCGUGUUUGUUACUCUAUGGCUCAUGAUUGAUUAUGAAAAUAGAUUCGGUAGCGGAAUUACGGCUAUCAAUAUUCACAUCCGAGGUAUUGAGACUCUUCUUCAUAACCAUAUCGUACCUUUGCUUCAAAAUGCGACAGCGCCCCAAGGGUCAUCUCCAGCCGACUUCGCGGUCGCAAUCGCGUCUGAAGGAUUGAGUACCGACUCACAAACACAACCGAAUGAACAUAUGUCUAUAACUGGUUCUACUCUCGCCGGAGGAUCAAAGGAGAUUGCCUUGCGAGAACCACUCGAUUCACUUCGUUCUACAUCGGUGCCUCUGUUUCUUCUAUGGACAUUGUACUUUUUCACACCGUCGGCCUUGUUUUUUGGACCCAAUACGACGCGACUGGACACAGAUGUUUACCAGUUUUUCCUCAAUGCUGAAAAUGGCAACGCGGAUCACUUAAGCCUGCCUGAGCUCUACCGAAUAUGCAGGCAGUCCCCCGCCCGCUUCUGGGGUGAGAACUAUCCAAUGUCCGCCCAGCUGGAUGACAUGGAAAAUCUGCCCGGUUUGACAUUGUACCACCGCAGCCACGUCAUUCAGUUCAAGAUCACCGAGCUAUUCCAGCAGGGCGAAUUGGAUAACACCUCGAGCGCAACGUCACCCUAUCAGCAGUUGAUCGACCAACUAAAUACGAUUUCCAUUGUAGGUAUUCUCGAUCAAUCCCUCAACUGUUCGCUAAUUCAAAUAGGAAUACGAUACCGUGCUAAUGACCGCCAAAUCCUCAGCAUCAUGCGACGUAACCGCCGACCGGCGCGUGCUAGAGACAGUCUACUGGUCCGCCAUAACCUUCUACAGUACAAUUAUUUUUUUCCACCUUUGCUUCCAGGGAAUCCUUAA